AUAAAAACAGCCAAACAGCGAGUGGUGAUGGCUUCACUCUACCUGGGGACGGGGCUCCUCGAACAGGAGCUGGUGGAUUGCCUGGAGGAAGCGCUGGAGAAAUCGCUGCGAGCGGAAGGCCCUUCGGCCCUGCGAGUGUCCAUCCUGCUGGACUUCACCAGGGGCUCCCGGGGCAGGAGGAAUUCCCGCACGAUGCUCACCCCGCUGCUGCAGCGCUUCCCUCGGCAAGUCCGUGUGUCCCUCUUCCACACUCCAAACCUGCGGGGAUUGCUCAGGCUCCUGAUUCCAGAGCGUUUUAAUGAGACCAUUGGGCUGCAGCACAUCAAGGUCUAUCUGUUUGAUGAUAAUGUGAUCCUCAGCGGUGCAAACCUGAGUGAUUUGUACUUCACCAAUCGUCAGGACCGCUAUGUUCUCCUGCAGGACUCCCCUGAGAUUGCAGACUUCUUCACGGAGCUAGUGGAUGCGAUUGGAGAUGUGUCUCUGCAAUUACAGCAGGAUGACACAGUGCACAUGAUGGAGGGGAUGGUGCAUCCCUACCGAGGGGACAAGACAGCUUAUUGCGAGAUAGCAAAUCAGAAGGUCAUGGGAGUGAUCAACUCUGCCAGGACACGUCAGCAACUCCUCCAUGCAAAGACCUUCCACAGCAGCCAGGAAGGCAGCCCCGUGUUCUCCCAGCAAGAAGCUCGAGCAUCUGGGGAUCAAAAACCAGAACCCGACACCUGGAUUUAUCCCUUAAUCCAAAUGAAGCCCUUUGGGAUUCAAAUAGAUGAGAUGGUCACAGAGACACUGCUCACGGAGGCUGAGCGAGGUGCCAGGAUUUAUCUUACCACUGGCUACUUCAACUUGACCCAGGCCUAUAUGGACCUUAUUCUAGGCACUAGGGCCCAGUAUCGGAUUCUUCUGGCCUCACCAGAGGUGAAUGGUUUUUUUGGUGCCAAAGGGGUGGCAGGUGCCAUUCCUGCAGCCUAUGUUUACAUUGAGCAUCAAUUUUACAGUGAGGUCUGCUGCCUGCACCAGCAGGAGAGGGUUCAGCUGCAGGAGUACUCCAGGCCUGGGUGGACUUUCCAUGCUAAAGGCCUCUGGCUCUACCUGGCAGGGAGCAGCCUUCCCUGCCUCACGCUGAUCGGCUCUCCCAAUUUCGGAUAUCGCUCCGUUCAUCGGGACCUGGAAGCUCAGGUUGCAAUAGUGACAGAGAACAAAGCUCUGCAGCAGCAGCUCCACCAGGAGCAGGAGCAGCUUUACCUCUGCUCGGGCAUAGUGUCAUCCUCAACCUUUGAGCAGCCCAAUCGCCAUGUGAAACUGUGGGUGAAGCUGGUGACGCCUCUGAUUAAGAAUUUCUUUUGAAAGAAGAAAUGCUACUGAUUUGGGUGAAAGGUCCAGACGUAGGUGGGACC